CAUCACCUAACCUCUGGCUUACAUUUUUCCAACUCUACUCAGCCUGUGCUUCUGUCAACGAAUUCGAUUGCUUUUCCCUUCCAUAGUUGCUCAGUACAUUUGCGGCUUAAAAAGAUGUCGAUAGCCCGAUAAUCUCGACGACGACCCGCGUCGCCAUAGCUGGAGCUGGACUCGUUCUGCUCGCCCACAGGCUACCGUCUUGAACAUGUCGUCCACCACGGUUUCAAUCCCGAAGACGAGUGGGGACGCGCCUAACUCGUUUCCUUCUCCCGCAAAACCAAAGAAGCGGCGACUUCGAGGCUCUAUAGGCGUCGAAGAUGGGAGCCGCUCCGACUCGUUUGUGAGCGCCCUGACGCGAUCCCUACUGGGCGUCGUAGCAUUAUUCUUUCGCGCCCCGAUUCGCCUCUACCGGCCAGUCAAGCUCAGCUCAUGGAUCAUCUUGGAAUCUCUGGCCCGUCGGGAAGGCAAACAGCUGAGUUUGCGGUAUGUGCGGGCGCUCAUACGCAGGGAGAAGGCGAGCUUCAUUCCGCACCUGCUUGGUCCACCGCUGAUCGCCAACACACUGAUCGGUUUCACGCUCUUCGAGAGCUUCACCCUGAUGGAAUCACAUCUUCUAAAUCGAUAUUAUCCGACGCGGCCGGACGUACAGAGGGACAGUGCAGGUCGCCGGAUACCGCAAUGGUCACCUCUUUGGAUCACAGCAGUGUCCGGUGCCGUAGCUGGGAGUGCACAGUGUAUCAUCUCGGCCCCCCUCGAUAACGUGCGCACCGUUCUGGCUGCUAUGCCAGCAGUCGGGCGCCAUCACGCCAGUCAUCAAGCAACACGGGUAUCCUGGCGAGCCGUGGCUCGCGCUGCAAUCCUUCCAUUUGCACCAGAACUCAGCAGAUACAAGCUCGUCGAGCAAGUCAAAGUGGACUCUCCAAAGGCACGCUGGUCGUGGCUGAAUCCCUGGAACAAGGAGGAUCCUGCGACUGCAAAGCAGAGAAAAGAGCUGUGGCAGGCCCAGCUGAAGCGUUGGCGAGGCGGUGUACACGGUGCUGGCUUGUUGCUCUCACUCGUCAGAGACAGCAUUGGCUUCAGCUCGUUCUUCGCCAUCUUUGAGAUAUCCCGGCGCGUGGCGUACAGCGCGUCUAUAAGUGUUGACAAGACAUAUGCAUUCUUUAACCAAGGAGUAGCGCUCCCUGUCGGAAUCGACAAGCGUGCAAGCCGGGAAGUUGACGACGGCGAUAUCGCGAUCGAAGACGCCAGAUCCGAUGAUUCGUUCCAAGCUAGUCGCACGAUUCCGGGGCGCCUUUUGGCAGCUUUCAUCUUGAUAUGUGGUGGGGCGAUUGGCGCCAUGAGCUAUGAGCUGCUCGGUCGCCCAUCGGAGCUCAUGCGAGAAGUUAUCUGGCAGGGGCGUAAGGCGUGGGAAGAAGAAAAAUCCAAGCCGAAAUUCACACCGGCUGCGCAAGCUCGCAAACAACGAAAUGCCAAAACAGGACACGGGCGGUCUGCUGUUCGUGGCGCGCGAGCGGUACGGGCGGCUGAGGGAGCAGCAGAACUAUCGGGUAGGAAUACGCUUAUCGAAAUGCGGCAGACAAACACCGCUGGCGAUCUCUCGGCUCGAGUCAGCAGCCUUCGAGGGCGUCUUGGGCCGCCUCAUCGCCCCAGGAGAUCGAGCCCACACGCAAGACAUGCACCGAACGGAACAGCUGUGGUACCCACACCGCACGUGCGUCGAGCAAAACAACUGCGAGAGGCCUUACAUGGAAGGCCUGGACGCUUCAUUCCAACGCUGGAGAACAGACCGAGUGCGUGGCAGCUACUCAAGGGGCACGCUUUGCGGGCUUCGACGCUGCGCCUUCCUCCCUUGUCACCGAAAGCGCAUUUGAACCCCACUCCCGCGCCGUUACCAAUGCUUCUCGUUCAAACGUACUUUGUCGCCCCCUUUUUUCCGCAUAAACACGACAGCUAUGCUGAAGGAGGCGCCGCUCGGCGUAAAGGCAAAGACACGCCGGAACGCGCGCUGAGACGACGCUGGAUGUUGCGCAAUCCUGUCAACAUGUCAGCUGCACCGGAGGCGUACCGAGGCAACAACGGCGGCCUCUCAGAACGUUUGCCUGGUUCCAUCAAGUCACCCUCAAGUUCCAUGUGGGGCUCGGGCCGCGUCGGCUGGGCACUCCGAAGGUUGGCCACACCAUACGGUAUUGGCUUUGUUGCCUUUGCAUACUUUGCAGGCGAUUUGGGAUCAUGAAAUAGACACAAUUACAACCUGUAGCAUAGAUAAGCAGAGAGAAGCACGCAAUUCCCAUAUCACAGCU